AUGUUGACGGAUGAUUGGAUGAAACUACAAGAGAUACUGGACCCUGACUUGGUGGAGAGGCCACCUUCAAAAACGGGAAAUUUGGGUGCAAAAGAAUCGGACUGGUGUUACCAGUUCCUCUGCGAAAAUGGACGUACCUUAAAGCCACAAACUCUUUGGAAAAAUUUGGAGAAGUUUAUCUACUACUGUAAUAGUGAUAUUCUUUGCGGGAAAGUUUUAGGCGACGAAAAGUUUUUGAAUAUGUUAAAGUCCAUUCUAACUUCAUCCCCAUGGAUUGACCAGUUACUGGUAUACAUUGUGAUCAUGGACACAUUGUUGGGUAAUCCUGGAAAAUAUAAAAACGGCUUUUUAGUACUAACCAGGUACUACCAAGAUAACAAGGAAUUUUUAGACACCCUAAUCCAACACCUACAAACAGCACCAUUAGACGACGAUAUAGUGCUUGUUACACUACACUGUCUAGCAUUGACUCUUAAAUCCUAUAUCGCCUUGAAAGAGUACCAUCCCGAUGAAAUGGCACUAUCGAUUUCCCUACUAUUAUUGGACCUGGCCAAGUGCGACCUGUCCUCAAUCGAAUCACUCCUGCUUUUACAGUCUAAAGUUAAGGAAGUACGGGAUAUUAUAGUAUCCGAACUAGUUCCACUGAAGCUACAGCUGUCGACAUAUUUGGCAUCCAAGAAGUUGGAGUCAUUCCCACCCGUACAAGAUCUUUUGAGACAAGUAUUUGCUGAUAUUACUCCUCAAAACCCUGACUUGAAACUUAGAUUUGAGCAGAGCAAUGGGGGGCUUUUAGCGAUCAACAAACUCAGUCUUUUGGAAGCUAGUAAUGUUAUUGUUUUUUUAGAGAAUCCGAAUUCCUCUUUCCGGAAACUUUACUUGGAACAUCUACUGUUUGGGGAGUAUCCUUUUCCUUUGCUUGAUAUACUAUUGAAGGCUUCCAUCCAAAUCCAAAAAUUUUUCCACGAGCAUGAGAAUUGCUGGCAAGAGAAGCCGUACUUGGCCACCUUUGCGAUGAACAAUGAAUCAUUACUUUACGUACUAAUGAACUUGGAACUGAAGUUUUGGGUGGAGUCUGCAGCGAGUACAAAGGACGACAUAGAGUCUUUGACCUCAUUAAUACCAGUGGUAUUGAGGAAAGUCGAUUUGGAGAUAACAGAAGCCAUGAAGACUGAACCAUAUGAAUCUUUUUUUGAUAUUAUUUUUUUAUUCCUAAAGUCGAUAGAUUACGAGGCGGCAAGAAAGUACCAAUUAGAGCAAUUGAAGGAGGGAUAUUGUAGUAAAUGGAGUAAAAGGUUUGAGUAUUUUGAUGGGUUUUUGCAUGAUCAAGUUAAAGAAUAUGUGAAGCACCAGCGAUUGAUACAGCUACAAAAAGGUACAUGGGUAUAUGCUGAAGAUCCCUUAGAUGCCACCAUUGAGUCUCCGCAUGUAUAUUUUAUUAUUGUGUCAGACAACCAUACCACCUUGUUUGCUCGAGAAUUUAAUCAGAAAUUAGAAGAACACCCAACCGUAAUCGCCAAUAAAAUAUCGCUAUCGCCGUCUGCGAGGUCGUCAUUAUCUUCAAAUACCACCAUGGUGACAUCACCGUUGACAGCAACCAUAAUGAUACCAUUGAAAACGAUUGCAUACUUUGAACUUGAAGAUCUAGUGGAGAAGAGACCCCCAUCAUUUGACCCCAAACUGAUCAGGCUCCCAGAAAGAAACGUAUUUUCAAAAGUGAGCUUGCUAGAUAAAAACCGGAAGAACAUACUUACGAUGUAUUUGGACUCCAAAGAAUCAAAAUUUAUGUGGUUUGACGGUUUACAAAUGAUCUCGCCUGCAGUACAACAAAGGGCUAUUUCUCAAGAGACAACGCAACAAAUCGAUAACUUGAUCAGACUAAGAAGAGAUUUACAGUUUUUGAACUUGCAUAAUAUCUCGAUCUCUGAAAACGUUGACAUUCUGGAUGCUGUCAAUGCUGAUGACGAUCCGGAUGACGAAGACUACUACGAUUUGGACACACUGAAGAAUCUGACCACGGAUUUCUACUAUGAUUGA